GCCAUGGCGGCGGCUUGGCUCUGCACGGUCAGGACCGCAGCCUGCACAGCAGCACCUUUUGGGAGAUCGCUGCAGAAGGAGCUCUGGACAAGGCCAUGGAGAAGGGAAGCUGCUCGCCUGCCCUGGAUUGCUGGUUCAUGGCAGUGUUUGCAGUCACAAGCCCAGCGAGCUCACGGUGUCAGGAGUUACCUCAGGAGACCCCGAGAGCUGUCCGUGUGUCUGUCCCACUUGGCCCCUGCUGCUGUGGUCCAGCAGAAGGCUGUGCAUGGCAGGACAGAAGAGUUCAAACUGGUCUACAGGUUCCCAGGGAUAAAAUACUGCAGGAUCCUGUCGAGACUGAAGCUGCUGCAGACUGCCACCUCCAUGAUCAUGCUGCCUCCCAUCUGCUACCUCUACCUGCAGGGCCAGGUGUCCCAGAAUAUCCUCCUCUACACAACUGGCAUCGCUGUCUUUGCUGGGGCUAUGCUGUAUGGCAUGAGCUACUUUUUCAGAAGAAUUAUUGGAUUCAUCUACUUAAGUGAAACUGGACAAACUGUCAGAGUGGCCCACUUGACAUUCUGGGGAAGACGUAAUGACAUUUACUGUCCCAUAGAGACAGUGGUGACUUUGGAUGAAGUUGGAGAUAGCAAGGACGAGCUCCUUCACCAGUUCAAGCGGUAUAACACUACAGAUACUUUGUAUUUUACAAUUAAGUAUGGCCAGAUUGUAGACAGACAGAAAUUUACUCAAAUAUUUGGAGAAUUUGUGUGACACAGCUGCUCAUUUCCAAUGACUUUCCAUGUC